AUGGCCUCUCUCACCGCGUUGGCCGUUUCCCCCCAACAGGAGGAGCAAGGCAGAAGUCGCUCCUCUCUCGCGACUUCACGGCGUCCAAGGUCGCCUCGAGGGAGCCUCGUGCAGCCGUGCGCGAGCCUUCUUCUUUGCUUCCUCGUCCUCUCCCUCAACCUUGUCGCUGCCCAAGGGACAAACACAGAGGAACCCGCCGAGCCGACUUUCAAAUACGUGACAUCUACCAUGCUCUCUCAGUUUAUCGUCGUCUUCCUCAUCGCCGUCACUGCCAUCAUUGGUCUCUCCUGUCUCUCCAACAUUGACGUUCCGGAGAUCUACUCGAAUCGCUCUCUAGAUAUCAACAAAGAAUACUAA